CAUAUUAAUAACACUAGACUCCACAGCCUUGAACCUUCUUAGAUACCUCCUCUUUUAUAAAUCUCAUUGAGGGAAUCCUGCCAGAAUACAAAUCUUAAAAAUCCAUGUUCUACUGCACCAGAAAGAAAUAAAAUAAAAGCCCAUCUGCACACUGUGCUGUGCUUUGCUGGUUGAGCAGAAGUAUUUUGCAAGGCAGGCUCAUCCAAGGGCCUUUGCCUUGGCCUGGCCUAUGGCUUUGCACUAGUUUCAAAUGGAGUACUAAAAAGCAAGGUGGGAUUGACACAAGAGGAAGAGGCUUAGAAAGGGCAAAACCUUAAAAAGUAUGAAAGUAAGGAAGCUCGUGGCUCACCCGGGGGCUUUGGAGCUCCGUCACCAAUGCAGGAGAAAAACAACAGGCAGUGGCAUGACCAUCAUCACCAUCCAGCAUAACUUCUCCCAUGGAGACCACAAACAUAUAACAACUACAAGAUAAAAAGACCACCACCACAACUUGUCAUCAUUCUCAUUCACCAGCAAUCUUAUUAUGGAAACACCAGAGUCCUUAGAUACCUUGAUCUCUAUGGUAGCACGACCAGAGGAUUUUGAAGAAGAGCAGUACAAUCGAGGAUUUCAGAACAUGGAGGAGACAGGAGAUGAGGAGGAGCUGAGCGGUGGAGGUGGAGCGCAGAUGAAGAAGAGGCGGCUGAGUUUGCAGCAAGUGAGAUCUCUGGAGAAGAAUUUUGAGGUGGAAAACAAGCUGGAGCCUGAUCGCAAAAUGCAGCUGGCAAAAGAGUUGGGUUUGCAGCCCAGACAGGUGGCCGUCUGGUUUCAGAACAGGCGUGCCCGCUGGAAGACAAAGCAGCUUGAGAGAGAUUAUGGAGUCCUUAAACACAAUUAUGAUACCCUCAAAUCUAGCUUUGAUGCCAUGCAUAGAGAAAAUCAAAAACUCACAGCUGAGUUAAGCAGUGUGAGGAAGAAAGUGGAGGACGCAGGGAAGAAAAAAGGUAAUGUUCCUCAAAGAGAUGAGAACAAUAAUGUUGAUACCAAGAUAGGGAUUAGGGCAGUGGCGAUGAAACAAGAAGAUUAUGAAGAAGAAGAUGAAGGAGGGCUUGUAGAGAGCAAGGUUAUGAAUGGAGUCAUUGUUUUCAACGAAAGAUUGGAGGGAUCAGAGAGUGAUAGCAGUGCAAUACUAAACGACAAUGGAGGAGGAGGUGCAGGAGAAAAUAACAGUCCCCAUCCCAUUGAUAGCUACAUCUGUAAAACUUCUCUCAAAUACAAUGCAUCAUAUAUGCAGCCUUCUGCCAAUCAUAAUGAUAACGAUAACAAAAGCACUGGAGAAGGUCUAAUGGAGGCUUUUAGACCAGGGAACAAUAACAAUACACCUUGUGCUGCAGCCUAUAAUCCACAACAAUGCUUUAGGAUGGAUGAGGCGGAGGAAUCUUGCAACUUCUUCAAUGUGGACGACUCAGCUGCUGCGACUCUUCCAUGGUGGGAGUGGCCAUGAGCAUUCAUAAUAUCUCACUCACUGUCAUACUAGAUGCCAUUUCGGGCUAUGUUUAUUGUCACAUCGUGAGGAACAGAAAAGAAAAGAAAAUCAAGUCAAAUGAAUUCCGCCUGGCUAUCAUUUUUAUAAGCAAUUUCAUAAUAAAGUUCUGAUCGCUCUGAUCCCCAAAGUACUCUGCUGUACUGAUAAUCCUGUUCACUAGACAUCUUUGCACUCAACAGUUUUGUAGGAAUCGUAUCAAUAUUCUGUAAUCUUUUGUAGCGCCUUUAUUUGUUUCUGCCUAUUUAUUUAGGUGUCAGUGCAAAAGGAUCCUUUCUGUAUUCAACUUGGUGUAAUUCUUACCAGCCUGGCACGCCAAGAAAUUAUAUCUUUAGAUUUGCAUAUAAAAAUUGAAAUCUUCAACUAGCUUCAUCAGUUG